AUGAUGUUGCGGGUGCUGAUGAGCACGUUGGUGCUGGCGCUUCAAGCAUCAGCAGUCUGGGCUAAUGGAAAUCCCGGCUGUUGGAUUGAGGGCUACACAUAUCAGCUAUGUUGUGAUAUCACGAAAGGCCCGAAGGGGGAGGCUGCGUGCUGGGACGGACGUUUCUCCUACGAAGCCUGUUGCAUUCCCCGAACCGAACCUGCUCUCAACGCGUGGAAUUACCAGAAUCAUGAUUACAAGGGUAAGCAGAGCGCAGUGAUCCGCAACAGCGCGCUGUUUAAAGGCAUGUCAGAAUGCCAAAGGCGGUGGGGUUGGGAUCUGAAUAUUCAAUGGGGCCCUCCUACAGGGGUUUAUGCUGAGUUUUCUGGAAUACCACUUCGACAUUUGUCGCACGGUUGGGAUGGCCAACGCCAUGGUGACGUGGGUGGCUGCAUAGCUUUCCAUGGCCGUUUUUUUCUGAUUCGGCUGGGCUUUGACUCGCCUACGGAUGCGCAGGCUAUUCGAGCCACGUCGCAGGUUCUUCAUUUCGGAUUUUGCGCUCCAAAGGUUUGCUCUGCGGAGGAGGUGGUCAAUGACCUGGUGCCUGAAUAUACAAUGCAGAUCGCAGAUGCGCAGCGCGUCGUGAUGACUGUUCGAUCAGUCGAUGCUUGGGAGUGGCCUCGCUUGUUGGAAUCUGUCCAUCCGGAGGGAGAAACUUCGUCUCUACGUGAUCGGAUGGAUGAUGUUUCCUUCCAAGUGCUGAUCUUCCUGGCCGUUGUGUUUCUGAUACUUUUAUCUGCAACCGUGUGUGACCACUUCUGGCUAUCAGACAAACAUGCGCUCUCAGUUUCAGAUCUGACGCUUGUCAUGAACCCGGUAAGGAGGACUGCAAUGCAUGUGGUGAUUUCUUUGUCGCUGAAGCGAUCAUGGGCAGAUUUGUGUCGUCCUUCGGUUGGCUUUGCAGUAGACUUCCUCCGUGCUGUAUCUACCUUGCUGCUAGUGUUUUUGCACUUGGAGCAGGCACAAAUCAAGACCCGCACGGACCGUGUGGCAAGCUGGGACUUGCGACUUGCCUUCUGUUGCAGAGCUGUGGUGGCCAUGACUGUUCUGACGCUUCACUUAGCACUCGGGGUACCAGAACGACAGACAUCUUUCCCUGAAACUUCUAAGAACUGUGCUCUUAAAUUAGUUCGGAAAUUUUUGCGUCAGUUCCCUUUGAUAGUAUUGUCCGUGUGGUGGGAUCGCACGGGCAGUCGCUACGCCUUUCAUGCACGGCCGCUUUCGUAUGUGGACACAACCUUGAGCAAGCUGGAAGGCUCAACGCUGAUAUGGACCAACGAAGUUAUGGAUGGUUUGGAAUGUAGGUCGUCGUUUUGGAGUUGUGCCUCUCGUUUUUUCACCAUCAACUGGCAGGUGAGAGAUGCUACAGAAAGGAUUCUAGCUUGCUUUGGCUUCUUGCUUCUUCAAGCAGCAGGCUUGAACUAUGCCAGUGCUCUCCAAUCAGUUUUGGUUUUAUUCGCCUUUGUGUACUAUUACUUCGACUAUUUCCAUGAGCCGCUGCGACGGGAGCUGAAUGCCGGGGCGAACCACAUGUUUGUGAAAAGGCUUGAGAACCCAGCAUUCUUGGGACUUUUUCUGCUGGCAAGGACUACGGUAGGGUUUUUCCCCAAAGGCUUCAUGACACAGCGUGUUGGUCUGCUAGCUGCAGGGACUGGGUGGCUUUGGUCGACCUGGAUCAAUCGAGAGGAUUAUGCACUUUGGUGCCAGGAGCGCAAUGUAAAGGAUGUGGUGGGGGACGUGCCCUUCGUGCUGGGUCUCUGUAUCCUGCUGAGGACCGAGAGCAGGGUGCAGAGCCUUUCGUGCUGUUCUGGCUUCAGCUUGCUGUCCCGACUCAGCUUCUGCAUCCUGGUGACGGAGAACCCUUUGCAGACCUUCCUGCUAGAGGGCUACUCAUCAAAGGGUCUGCCAUUGGUGCGGAGCAAUCGAGCAGAUCCACGCUGGGAACAGCUGCUGCUGGGUCCGGGGCUGUUGUUGGCGCAUCUUAUGUGUGCAUUGCUGCUGUACUUGAUGGUGCAGAGACCCCUCGAGGCUUUGCUAGCGCCCAUUUGUGCCAGGAUACCUUCAUCAUGGCUUCACUUUGUGGUACCACUUUAUACAGCUUAUCUUGCGCAUUUUCGAAACCAGCAUUUUUAA